AUGCGCCAGUGCUUUCGUUUGCUUACUUCAUCGUGGAAAUUCCUGCCAAAUCGUGACCGGAUUCUCUUCAAAGAUAAGAAAGAGGCUUUUUGGGAUUACUGGAAAGUUACUGGAGCUAGCUUAUUGUUCCACAUAGGAUAUGCACUUGUUAUUGUAGAAUUCGCAUUCCCCACCCCUGACAUAAUCUACGAUGUGAAACGUCUGAUUUCUCCUGAUUUCGACCUAUACUGUCAAUACGGUGACAAGGCUGAGUAUCGAUUGGAGCUUUCGAAUCGAAUACGUUCGCUUCAAAAAGAGCAGGAACGAAUGAAAUACGAGGACGCUGUGAGGAAGCCGCCGGAAGCUCGUUUUGGUGCGUUGCUUCAUAUACUGAGUCGAAUACGCUCGGAAAUGGGGAUGUAUUUAAGGAAUAAUGAACGUAGAUCGGUAGCAGACCUUCAGCAUCAUUUAUGCUUCAUUUGUGGUGAUACGUUUCGAGAUCGGCAUGAAUAUCAGAAACAUUUGAUUAGCCAUCAAUCCUUUGGUUUGAUCUACCAGAUUUACCACUUUGAUAAAACUGAGGGUGAACGUAAGGGUAACGAGAAAGCCAAAAAACCGGAUCUCAAGCCCGGACGAAUUGCCCAUGCUUUCUCAGACGACUCUAAUAGAAAUAAGGGUUCUCAUGCCUUAAGGCAGUCGGAAGAACUAGAACGAGAGAUGAGGCAACGAGCGAAGGGAAAGUCGAGAGGUGUUGACAAACUGGAGAGGAUGCAUCGGGAAGAGCGGCGACAAUACAUGCGAGAAAAGGAGCGCGAAGAGGAACUUCAGGCGGAGAGGGAACGACAACGUAAAGUAGAGGCAGCUAGGAAGAGGAGAGAAUUGAGGAAAAGAAAACUGGAUGAACACACAGCAAUGGCAGCGAUGCGAGACCAAGCUAUAGCAAUAGUUAAACGAAGGCCCCCAACGAGAGAGAAAGGUGUCGAGUUAACACCCGCUCCAUCUCCUGCAAAUCCCGCUGAUCCAACAUCCUCAUCUCCGGUUCAACCUCCACCCGUUCUUCAGAUUGAAGGGCCGCGAGUAACAAGUACAGGCUACUCUAUCGGUCCAAUGCAGCAAGAAAAAUGUCCUUAUUGCUUAACGCAAGAGUCCUUCAACAAACCUGUUGAAGCUAUUGAACAUAUUGUGGAUCAUGGUGGUAGUAUUUUGGAUGUGAAGUUGUCAUUCUAUGACCAUGAUAAAUUACUAGCAACGGAAACGCAACUUACUGGUGAAAAAUGCAACGUUUGCGAUGUGAAUUUCGAUUUCCCGACGCAGUACUACCUUCAUUUGCUGCUGAAACAUAGGAUGGAAGUCACGUCGUUUUAUGUGCCCAACUAUCCGAAAGCUAAUAAUGUGAAGUUUAUUACCGUCAUGAUCUACCGGAUGUAUCCAGAGUACACAAUUGAAUUCCGCGAGAUUAUGCCUGGUUCUGAAAAAACAGAAGCUCAGCAGCCACAGCCGGAAGGAGAUUAUAUUGCACCAGAGCCUGCAAAUGAAGAAGCGAAUUCUGAACAAAAAGCUCCACCACAUGUUCAGCAAACUCCUCCACCCCAGUAG